GUCGUGCCUCACGCCGAGUGCUUAUCUGGAUAUACUAAGGGGCGUCCCUGAAAAGCUUGCUUCUUUUCAGGUCAGCAGGAAGCAAUGGAGAAAAUAAAUUUGGACGCCCCAAGAUGGGACCAGAGCACGUAUCUUGGUCGUGCUAAACACUUCUUAAUUAUCACCAAUCCUCUCAACGUGUUUGCAAGUUCUGCUGAGCUUGAUGCUGCCAAAGACAUUGUGACUAAAUAUAGGGCUGGUGAGCAACUGAAGCUAUCCACCGACGACCUAUGGCGGGCCAAGACGCUGUACGACUCGGCCUUCCACCCGGACACGGGCGAGAAGAUGCUGCUGGUGGGCCGCAUGUCGGCGCAGGUGCCCUGCAACAUGUCCAUCACCGGCUGCAUGAUGACGUUCUACAGGACUACCCCGGCCGUUGUAUUCUGGCAGUGGGUCAACCAGUCUUUCAACGCUCUGGUCAACUACACGAACCGCAGCGGCGAUUCGCCCAUCUCUGCCAAGCAGCUGGGCACGUCAUACGUGUUGGCGACCGGUGGAGCCCUAACCACCGCGCUGGGACUUAACAGCCUUGUGAAGACGGCGCCUCCACUGGUGGGAAAGCUGGUACCGUUUGCCGCGGUUGCAGCAGCCAACUGUGUCAACAUACCCAUGAUGAGGUCCAAGGAGCUGACCGACGGCAUCACGCUGGUGGACGCCGACGGCGCCCGGGUGGGCCAGUCGCGGGCGGCGGCGCGCGAGGCCAUCACCAUGGUGACCGUCAGCCGCAUCCUGAUGGCGGCGCCGGGCAUGGUUGGUAGCCCGAUCAUCAUGAAUCACCUGGAGAAGCGCGGCUUCAUCAAGCGAUAUCCGUACUUGAACGCGCCUCUGCAGGUGCUGCUGUGCGGCUUCUUCCUGACGUUCGCCACGCCGCUGUGCUGCGCGCUGUUCCCGCAGCGUUCGUCGGUGGCCGUGUCCCGGCUUGAGCCCGAGGUCCAGGAGGCGAUCAACAAGCUGCCGAACCCGCCUACAGUCGUGUACUACAACAAAGGCUUGUAGACGGCCGAGCCGCUGCUGCCGGGGCCGUCAGCGGGCCAGGAGCGGAGCCGCUGACCGCUGGCCGCUGGCUGCUGGCCGCUGGCUGCUGGCCGCUGGCUGCUCUGGUCGGUCACCGUUCGCCAGCGCCGCUGGUGCCGGCGACAUCAGGCUGGACGGACGGCUGACGAGCUUAGAUCGGUUUUGUGGGACGGAAUUAUGUACGUGUGGGACGUAGUGGUACGUGCGGCCGUAGGUCGCCAUCGGGCUGUACAUGUUCGCGUUCGUUAGUGCUGGUCAGAAGCAUCCAGAUUAGACUAGCUUACGUC